AGAAGGCACUCCAUUCUGGCUUUCGAGAAUACAGUUCUGUGAUACACUUGCCCUGAGAUCAUGUCUCUGCGACUUUCCAGUGGAUCCAGGAGAUCCUACGCCCGGCCCAGCACAGGAUCACUCAGGGGCACCAGCUUCGGAGCUGGGAAUGCGUGUGGUGUGCCAGGCAUUGGAAGUGGUUUCUCCUGCGCCUUUGGAGGCAGCUCCUCAGGAGGAAAUACAGGGGUGGGCAGCUCCUGUGCUGGCUUCACUGUGAAUGAGGGGGGCCUCCUCUCUGGCAAUGAGAAGGUAACCAUGCAGAAUCUCAACGACCGCCUGGCCUCCUACCUGGAUAAUGUACAAGCUCUUCAGGAGGCCAACGCUGACCUGGAGCAGAAGAUCAAGGGCUGGUAUGAGAAAUUUGGGCCUGGCUCCUGCAGAGGUCUGGAUCACGACUACAGUAGAUAUUUCCCAAUCAUCGAUGAUCUUAAAAACCAGAUCAUCGCUUCUACCACCAGCAAUGCUAACGCUGUUCUGCAGAUUGACAAUGCCAGGCUGACGGCUGACGAUUUCAGACUCAAGUAUGAAAAUGAGCUGGCUCUCCACCAGAGUGUAGAGGCCGAUGUCAACGGGCUGCGCAGAGUCCUUGACGAAAUAACCCUGUGCAGAACAGACCUGGAGAUCCAGUUCGAAACCCUGAGUGAAGAGCUGACUUACCUCAAAAAGAACCACAAAGAGGAAAUGCAAGUUCUGCAGUGUGCGGCCGGAGGCAACGUGAACGUGGAGAUGAACGCCGCCCCCGGGGUGGACCUCACCGUCCUGCUCAACAACAUGCGAGCUGAGUACGAGGCCCUGGCUGAGCAGAACCGCAGGGACGCCGAGGCCUGGUUCCAAGAAAAGAGCGCUUCGCUGCAGCAGCAGAUCACCGAGGACGUGGGAGCCACAACCUCAGCCCGGAACGAGCUGACUGAAAUGAAGCGCACGCUGCAGACCCUGGAAAUUGAACUUCAGUCUCUCUUAGCCACGAAACACUCUCUGGAGUGCUCGCUGACGGAGACCGAGGGUAACUACUGCACGCAGCUGGCACAGAUCCAGGCUCAGAUUGGCGCCCUGGAGGAACAGCUGCACCAGGUCAGGACCGAGACCGAGGGGCAGAAGCUGGAGUAUGAGCAGCUCCUGAACGUCAAGGCCCACCUGGAGAAGGAAAUUGAGACCUACUGCCUCCUCAUAGGAGGGGAUGAGGGGGCUUGUAAGUCUGCAAGUUACAAGUCCAAGGAUUAUGGAUCUGGAAAUGCCGGAAGUCAGAUCAAAGAUUCAGCCAAAGCCAUAGUGGUUAAGAAAGUUCUUGAGGAAGUAGACCAGCGCAGCAAAAUACUCACCACUAGGCUCCACUCCCUGGAAGAGAAAUCUCAAAGCAACUAACAGAACAUACCAAAAGCCCACAAGAAGAAAAGACAUCAUAUGUGUCUAGGAAAAUGAGCAAAUCUAAGAAAAAAAAGUCUGUCCUGUUGUCUUUCUGUCCUUUCUCUUUCUUGGCAAUCAGCAAAAGAAGUCCCCAUCCACCUGGAAAGAUGUCACAUACAAAAAUGAUGACUCAACUGAUUACCCCACAGCAACCUUUGCCUUCAAUAAACCUUCCUUGAGCAA